AUGUCUUCGCCUGGCAGCAGAACGUUGCGCUACUCGACCGAUUGCUAUUAUGACCUCCUGGCAACCUUCAUCCGACAGACACGGCCGCAAACGCGAACGAGACUGCGAGAUGUCGAACAACAGCGCCGAACGUUCCACGACUACUUCGUAACCCAUCUCCCUUCUUCCUCUCUUCACCCCGACUCCCGAUCUCUGACUGGCCUUGCCCACAAAUUUCCCCGGCAGGCGUCCACUCCGCAUACUCCUGACGGCAAAUCUGCUCCCGCGGCCCAUCCAUCCAUCUCUCGCGACACCACGGUCGUGCGCAUUCCCCUCAAGAGCGCUAAGCAUCACUAUGGCGCGUCCGUGUCCAGAGGCAGCAGACCCUACAAUGAAGACUCCCACCAAGCAGGCGUCAUCGAGCUGCCUGCAUUUGCCAAAAAGACGCCACGGUCCCUCACCUUGAACAAAACUCCGGGGGAGGGCACCUCUGCCGAAGGCGCGUCGGGCGAUCCCCAGGUCUUUUAUUUUGGCGUCUUUGAUGGGCACGGUGGAGCAGAGUGCAGCGAUUUCCUCCGGGAGUCGCUGCACGAUUACAUUGAGAAAUCGGCCAAGGCGUUCGAGUUGAAGUCGAGCUUGAAGAAGCGUGACAACAAGGAGUGCAGAGAAGCGCCGAUGGCGGGGGGACUCGACGGAGACGAACAGCAACAGAAUGAGGGGGGGAAGGCGCUUGAGGAUCUGGAGGUUAGCCAGGACGAAGGCAGGCCGCAGAGAAAUGUCGCAUCGGAGGAUGAAAAGAAGAGCAAGCCGCAUCCAGGCGACCCUCCUCUAAUCCAGAGCGCCAACAAAAACAACAUUCGACAGCUGGAGAAGGAGCUGACAAGGAAUUGGAAAGAGCUUGUGGGCGGAUACUUUCGCCGUUUCAAACCCGCCUACUUUUCCAUCUACAGUGGCUAUCAGAGGCUGGGUGAGGAGUCGGAUGCCCUGAGACAGGCGGGAGAAGACAUCACGUGUGGCGUUGCCAUCGAGGAGGUCAUGACUUACGCCUUUCUCAAAGCGGAUUACGAUUUCGUGGCUGCUCAAGCGGCGAAGAACUCGGAAAGCGCGGACAACACACGAGCCGAAAGACCGCUGAACGAAGGGGACAUUCUGGGCGAACCCAGCAGGGUCGCGUCACACAUUGGCGGCACCAACAGGUUCAGAGGUGGAAGCACUUGCAGUGUGGCUCUGGUGUCGACGCCGUCACCGACGCCAUUUUGGAACCCUGCGACCACAUCCACGAUGCUCGUGGCCCAUGUCGGAGAUACACGAAUUGUCCUUUGCUCGACGGUGACGGGGCAGGCGAUCCCUUUGACCACGAACCACCAUCCUUCAUCCCCGGUCGAGAGCAACAGACUCCGACGGUAUGCGGCGUCAUUUGUGACCGAUUCGUUUGGCGAAGAACGGAUCUCAGGUUUGGCCAAUACUCGAUCAUUUGGGGACAUCGCCUCGAAGAGAAUCGGCGUGAGCGCAGAACCCGAGAUCAAGAGGGUGGAAUUGGGGCCGGCAGAGUAUUCGUUCAUGGUCCUGAUGUCGGACGGUGUGUCAGGCACGCUAGACGACCAAGAAGUCGUGGACAUUGUCAAAGAAGCCAAGACGCCCGAGCAGGCCGCGCGAGACGUGGUCAACUUCGCGACCGAGGUGUCUACGGAAGGCGACAAUGCGACGUGCUUGGUGGUCAGGAUGGGUGGCUGGGAGCGACGUCAAGAGGGCGGCAACGGAAGCCUAGGCACCAAGGAGAUGCGUGAUUUUAAGAGACAACAGGCAUCCGAUCCGAGAAGUCGACAGCAGUAG